AUGACGGACAGGAAUGAGCCCCCCUUCUUCAACGACAACCACAUGGAGGAGUUCCACGAGACUCUUCUGAUGUAUGACCCCAUCGAGCUGUUCAUCGAGACACUGACGGGGACCUGUUUCGAGCUGCGCGUCUUGCCUUUUGAGGCGAUCAUCUCCGUCAAGGCCAAGAUACAAGGGCUCGAGGGCAUCCCAGUUUCCCAACAACACCUCAUCUGGAACAACCUGGAGCUGGAAGAUGAACAAUGUCUACACGAUUACGGCAUUGAGGAGGGCUGCACUUUGAAGCUGGUCUUGGCUAUGAGGGGAGGUCCAGUCAACAACGGACGAGUAACAACGGAGGAUCCCAUGAAAGAAGUGGUGGACUCAAUAGAGGGCACCAAGGAAGACGCCUGGGAGAAAAACUUGGCCAACAAGCCGCUCACGUUCGUAGUCUACCGCGAAGGCGAUCAGAUCAACUUCUUCCGGGUGGUGGACAGGGGAGACACUACCCUUCCCCCUAUGUCAGAAUCGCUCAGCGCCGGCUCGGUGUGCAACAUGUGCACCAAAGAGGACAGCGGCGAGCUCGGCGCAGCCACGCACAGCCAAGAAAAUACCAUCACGAUGAGCAAAAUGAGGGCACUCAAAGCUAAGAUGGAAGACAUGAACAUCAACAAGAAGCCAAAGAAGACCACGAGUAAGGCAAAACCGAAUCCCCCCUCUGGCCCGCACCCGACGCCUUCUAUAACUCGACUCCACCGGGGCUUCCUGCGUUCGCUCCCGCAGAUAAAAAACCAGGCUCGCCAAUCCGCUGGGCAUCUGCCUCCCAUCGCGGAUCAAGAAUUCCCAGUCCCCAGACGGACGCCGUUCCCCUCGCCGCUUCGCUACACACUGGAAGAGGACCCCGGCUCACCCUUCGCCAGCAUUCGACCUCCUACCAAGAUUUCCCGUUUGGAUGUUGGAGGCGGCCGCCAGAUGGGGGGCUGCGUGUACCCUAAGCUUCCUCCACUGUGCGCGAGAGGAUCGCCCGAAACCGCGUUCGAGCCGGUCGGCGAGGCGGUCCGCUUGAGUUUAUUGGAGGAAUCCGGCAGACUGGUGGCGCCGUCGCAGUCUCCUGCCUUGUUCGGGAAAAUGGCGGACCCCUUGAGUUUGAAUUUGGACCCUCGGUCGGAAGAAUCUUGUAAAACCUUUGAUGGAGGGGCGCCGAUUUCCUCGACUUCACUCGGUACUUGGACCCUAAGAAACGGCGGCGCGGAUUUAACGCAACUGGGCGCUGCCUUGGGUUUAAGCCCCGCCUCCGGCUCCCCGAAGCCACUCCUCCAGCCUUAUGACACGCAGGUAAAACAGCGCAGCCCGUCAGGUCACACGGGGCGCCUUCGGGGUAGCGCUGCCGCUAAGGUGAAGUCGCCUGGCAAGCGGUCCAAUCUACUCACCAAGAGGGAAGCCAGAACCGUGACUAAGAUGGCCAAACAAGCCGACAGAGAGCAAGCCAUCAACUUGGACCUCCUGGCCUCGCUCUCUGCGAGGUCUGAGGACACCAAGACGGGAGGCCCGGGGGUUCAGCUGCCAGCCGCCACGCCGGUCACGCAGGGCGUCCCGGGCUCCAGGCUGCCCGGUCUCCCUCAGGCGAUUAACAAAGGUCUGGCGUCCAGCAGGGCAAUGGUGCCUCCAUUUAGAAGAGUUGGAACUCUGACGCACAACCUACCCCCGCUCAAGGCCCCCUCCGGCACCAAGAAAAAGAGUUCCAAGCACUGCUUCCUUUGUGGCAAGAAGACUGGUUUGGCCUCCAGCUACGAGUGCAGGUGCGGCAGCAACUUCUGUGCCGCUCACCGCUACGCAGAGACGCACGACUGCUCGUACGACUACAAAGGGGUGGGACGCCGCUUCCUGCGGGACAACAACCCGCUGGUCAGCGCUCCAAAGUUACCCAAGAUUUAG